AUGUGCUUAGAGGGGCCAAAACUCCCAGUUUCAAGAUUUUGCACCUUUGCUCAAGUGGUCCAUAAAGGUGCAAAAUUAUGUUUUCUUUCAAUAAGUACUGAUGCCUAUUCGCUCGAUUUUCAAACUUGUUUCGCCUUACAAGCUACUGAUCAACCUACCUCUUUACCUGCUAUCAUUGUCCCGCUACUUGAGCAUUAUUCGGAAGUCUUUGCUGAGCGAACUUCAUUACCUCUUCCUCGUCCAGGUUUUGAUCACAAAAUUCAAAGUAAGGACGAAAUCCAACCUUUCAAUUUACACCCUUAUCGUUUUUAUCUCGUACAUAAGAACAUUAUAGACAACAUUGUACUGGGUAAUGUUGGAUCAAUGUAUUGUGCAGCAUAG